AUGAUUGAGGAUAAUGUUUACGAUCCGAUGACCGUACAUUCUGGCAUUCCCAUCAGAGGACCGGGUUCCUUGUGGCCCACCAAGGGAUCUCCCGUUACCUCCGUGCUUGCCGUGUCUGACGGCCCUCUCACCACUUCCCUCCCCCUGGCUCAAGAGGCGGCAGAGAAAGAGGCGAAGAAGCGGAGGGAGCAGUAUAGCGAGGCUGAGGACGUGAAGGCAAACAUACUGAAUAGGAUCGAAAAGGAGCAGAGACAUCGGCUUCGAUCCUUCAAGGCAGGAGAAUCAAAAGGCGGGGGGAAGACGAUUCAGCGCAGACCUGCUGUCGUCUAUAUCUCCUUCUCCUGCUCUACCCACGAGACUAUCACCUUCCCAGCCUUUGCACAGGAGUUGCUAGGCGACGUCACCUCGAGGAUAAUUCGUCGCGUGCCGCAAGCGACCUCGUUCAAGCUUCUCCUCAACGGCAGCCCCCUCGGCCUCCCCGACCACCUGGAGGGUAUCCCGUUGGAUUCUAGCUUGGCGUCGCUGGGGGUUGAGGAUGGGGAGGAGAUUCAGAUCGUCGGCAUUUCACCCCACGAGUCCUCCUGGCCCCAGUAUGAGACGAUUCGCUUCCCCUUAGAAGCUUUCCUCUCCGACAAAGAAUGGCCUCCCUGCCAGAAUUUCGCACAGGAAGAGCCUCUGAACAAGCUCACGGUCGGAGCUACGAGCAAGUCGGGAAUGGGUUCAGCUGAGGACAACGCGCCUUCAAACAUCGUUGUGGUUGUGUUGGAAGGCAAGUGA